GUCAGGUGAACUGUCAAAACUUGCUUUCCUGGUCCUUGAGUUGGCUGAGUUUACUGUAAUUAAACGCUCACACAGCUUACUGAAAUACUUCAGCCGCCACUUCUAUUUUCAACAAACCUUUUGAUUUGAUCUUUUUAAAAGAUGUCUGUCACAGUGUAUUUCAGCAGUGUUAGUGGCUCUAGAGAGGUAAAGCAACAUCAGACUGAGAUUUUCCAGUUCCUGGAUUCCAAGAGGAUCAAGUACCGUGCUUUGGACAUCACAACAAGCACUGAUGUGAAGGAGGAGAUGAGGAAGAAAGUGGGAAACCCGUCUGCGAUGCCGCCUCAGGUCUUUAAUGGGGACAAAUACUGUGGGGACUAUCAGAAGUUUUUUGAUGCAGUGGAGGAUGGGAAACCAGAGCUAUUCUUCAAACUCUGAGCUACUGUAGGCACACUGCACUAAAUCCUUGCAUUUUUAAGAGAUUUUAUAUGUUAAGGAAAUACGUAUUUUGCACCAUUAAAUAAAAAAAAAAAGAUUUUCUA